AUGCGGCGAGAUACUACAGCGGAGGAUGAUCCGAAGGCGCAGAGCACGUCGGCAGACGCCAAUGCCGAUGCGGCUCUCGCUAAAAUGGGCUACAAGAGCGAACUGCCUCGAAAUCUGAGCAUGUUGAGCGUUUUAGGACUGUCGUUUGCAAUUAUCGCUGCACCAUACGGGUUGAGCACGACACUCUAUAUCACAUUAACCGACGGUCAAUCUGUGACAAUUAUUUGGGGAUGGGUCCUCGUAACCAUGAUUUCAAUUGCCAUCGCUGCGUCUUUGGCUGAAAUUUGUUCAGUGUAUCCCACCGCGGGCGGCGUAUACUAUUGGAGUGCCAUGCUGUCAACGAGAGAAUGGGCACCAAUGAUGUCCUUUAUUGACGGCUGGUUGACGCUCGUCGGAAACUGGACCGUGACGUUGAGCAUCAAUUUCGGCGGUGCACAGUUGAUCCUGAGCGCUAUAACAUUGUGGAACGAGGACUAUGUGCCGAAUGAAUGGCAAACGAUCCUUACCUUUUGGGCACUGAUGCUCGUAUGCGCGUUAGUAAACAUAUUCGGCUCUCGGUUCUUGGAUCUCAUCAACAAAAUCUGCAUAUAUUGGACGGGCACAAGUGUUAUCAUCAUCAUGGUAACCUUGUUGACGAUGGCAGAUACGCGAAGAAGCGCAAAGUUCGUCUUCACCCACUACGAUGCUUCCGCUAGUGGCUGGCCUUCGGGAUGGGCGUUCUUUGUUGGUUUGCUCCAACCAGCCUAUACUCUGACCGGCUAUGGAAUGGUAGCAGCCAUGUGUGAAGAGACCCAGAAUCCUCACCGCGAAGUUCCCAAGGCAAUUGUUCUUUCCGUCGUCGCGGCCGGGAUAACGGGUUUGGCAUACCUGAUCACCAUCCUUUUCGUCCUUCCGCCAGUGGAAAUCCUUCGUGCCGUGGCAAGCGGGCAACCGAUUGGCCUCCUGUUUAAAAUUGUCACCGGAUCUGCCUCCGGUGGCUUCGGCAUGCUUUUCUUGAUUUUCGGAAUUCAGAUUUUUGCCGGGAUCGGAGCACUAACGGCAGCUAGUCGAUGCACGUAUGCGUUUGCGCGCGAUGGCGCUAUCCCUGCCUCGAGAAUCUGGCGAAAAGUGAAUCAUAGGCUUGAUGUCCCUUUGAUGGGCAUCGUGCUGUCAACGCUUGUCGAUUGCCUGUUGGGAUUGAUCUAUUUCGGAUCGUCAGCGGCUUUUAAUUCGUUCACUGGCGUGGCAACCAUUUGUCUAUCGACUUCAUACGGCCUACCCAUCCUGAUCUCCGUUGUUCGUCGACGAAAAAUGGUGAAGGACGCCUCGUUUUCGCUGGGCAGAUUUGGAUACGCUAUUAACAUUGCGACAGUCCUGUGGAUCUGCUUGGCUAUUGCCCUGUUUUGUAUGCCGGUCUCACUUCCGGUUACACCGUCAACCAUGAACUAUGCCAGCGUUGUGUUUGCGGGCUUUGCAGCAAUCAGCGUCAUAUGGUAUUUUGUGCGCGCGCGCAAGGUAUUCAAGGGCCCGCCGGUGAUAUUGGACGAUGCUGCGCAGAGUGAUGCCGGUGUCUACUCUGUGAAAGGCACGAGUCAUCUCGAAGGGGGCCUGUCAGAGAAGCGUGCCACAGACAUAAAGGCAGAAUAG